AUGUUUCUCAAAAAGAGUCUGGUCCUCUUGGCCUGCUCUUGGGCGCUCUUGCAGAAUGUCGCUGCCGUCCCAGAUGCCUCAGCAGAGGCAGAUCUCGAGGAACGUGAUUUCAACCUAGAAGAGCGACACAAUCACCCAGACUUGGAGAGCUCUCUGCUUUCUGUCCUGACGGAGGAGUUGAUUUCCUCCGAGCCCGCCAAACCUGUUUCCAACACAGGUGCUACGACAACCACCACCACCGAGUGUGAGAGUGAAACCCCACCGGGUGAUCACACUGGUGGCGGCGGCGGCGGCGGCGGCGAAACUGGCUCAGGUACCGUUCCUGUCGUACCUUCCACAGGGGGUGGAGGAGGAGGUGGCGGAGGUCAUGGCUCUUCCACAGGCGGUCAUGCUAGUCCCCCUUCGAAUGGUGGUAUUCAACCCAGUCAGCCACCCAGAACAUCUCCACCUGGAGGAGGCACUGGCCCUUCUGCCACCCCUACACCCUCUGGUGGAGGCGGGGGUGGUGGAAGUAACCAGCCAAGUCACAGUCAGCCUCCUGCCACUGGCGGCGAGCCCCCUCAAACCACCCCACACGGCGGAGGAGGUGAGAACCCAAGUGGUAGUCAGCCCUCUCCAUCUGGGGGUGGAGGAGGUGGUGGUGAGCCCUCUCCAUCUGGAGGCGGUGGAAGUGGUGGUAGUCAACCUCCCGCUACUGGAGGCGGCGGAAGCAGCGAGCAUCCUCAAACAACACCAGCUCCUAGCGGAGGAGGAGGAAAUGGAGGCGGUGGUCCAGGCGGCGGCGGGCCCGGAGGAGGUGGUGGCGGCGGUGGUGAAUGUCCUCCACCUGCUCAAGAUACUGUUGUUGUUCCCGUCACAGUCACCUGUCCUUCUGUUCUUGUGAGCACAGUCACCGUCACUGCCCCAUCGUCCAACACCGGCUGUCCCUGUCCCGCUGAAGGCGGAGGAAACGGAGGCGGCGGUCCAGGCGGCGGUGGCCCCGAAGGAGGUGGUGGUGGCCCCGGAGGUGGUGGAGGUGGAGGAGCUGGCGGAGGCGGCGGUGCAAGCAGCGGCGGACCUCCAAGCGGCAGUAUAUCGCCCUCAAUCAGCAGGACAAAGAUCAAGACGACUAGCACUCAAACCAGUACCGCAACUCGGACAUCAACACCCUUCAUCCCAAGCGGCAGCAAGGAGAACACAAAGCCAAACACAGGCUCACCCUCUGCACCUGCUACGCUUGUGACUCUGCCCACAUCUCCGUCUUCGCAGGACCAGGUCUCGCAUUCGGCGGCUCAUAUCACUGCACGGGCUCAUAUCAACCCUGAUAUCGUUCGACGACAUAUGUUUGCCAACACGACUGCGGUGUUCCCCAAUUCGACUACUGCUUUGAACACUACAACUGGGGCCUUUAAUCUGAGUCGUGUUGCGACUGAGACUGCGACUGAGCCUGCGCCUGUCUUCCUGCCUCGCUUCAACCGUGGAAGGCACCGGGCUUAA